GGCAAAAUAGUUAGAUACGCGAGUUUUACUCAAUUACCCUCUGAAAUUUUUACUUAGCCGGGGGUAAAAAACGAGCAAAAAUUGUAAAUACGCGGGAAAUGUGAUUGAACAUUAGUGAGAGUUUAUGAAAGAUAUUAAAAAUGCAUUAUUACUUUUGUGUUCUGUGCUAUUUAAUUAAUGGAGUGUUAUCGAAAAGUAUAUCUACUGCAGUUUAUCCAUUUGCGACUACCCAAAAGCCGACAUCAGAAGUUCCACUCUCUAGGUACGAGAAAGGAUUAGAGGACUAUGACGAACUGCAGUAUAGGCAAGGUAGAGGAAUGAUGGCAGAUGAAUAUUAUCACGACCAUCACGAAGACAAUGUUCCCGAGAUGAAAGAAAUGAAGAACGAAGUAAUGGAACAAAAGGCCGUUGCUAACGACGCUUGGGCAGGAUACUACGAUUUUAUUAUUAACGAAGGUUCAUUCAAAUUUUGGGCAGUAUUUCAGUUAGUCACAGCGGUGCUGUUAAUAUAUUCGUCACUAGCUGCGAUUUACUACGCAAAAUUUAACGUAAUUACGACGGACUACGAUUAUUACUACGAUUUCUUUGGAAGGUCGGAUAGUGGAAGGUCCGAUUCAAGCAGUAAUAGUUGGUUUGGAAUUAAUGCGCAAACCUUUCAAAGGAUUUUGGAUGCAAUUUCGUCCAAGAAGUAUUCUUAACCACGCAUUUAGCAGUAGUGUCAGAUCCUAUUAAUUGAAUUGAAGAACUUUUGACAAUAAGUUUAAUUAGGUAGUGAAUCUUUCCCAAAUAUUCUACGAAGUAAAGUGUAGUUAACCCAAGGCACUCACUGAGUAGGGUAUUUCAUUAGGUUUAAAAGUGAAAAUAUGUUUAGUUUUAUGGGGUUUUUGUUGUAAGGUUGGCGUCUAGUGCGUCUUAAAUAUCGUAAAAGAUUUUACAUAUUCAUUUUAUUACGCAUUAUUUGACAACUAUGGGCAUGAAUUGUAGUUUUUUGUAUUUUAGGAUAGUAUUGGUGCGUAAAUGUGUUAAACGCGUAUGCAUAUCUAGUGCUAUAUUCCACUGAAUAAAAGGAAUAUAAAGUAAAUCAUCAUGAAAGUACCAUCGGGAUGUUCUAUUUGUAUA